AUGGCCUCCGCGUGCGGCCGACGCUCAGCUCUCCUCCUAGCUCCAUCCCCGGCUCUAGCUCGGCUCCACGAGCUGUCGCAGGCGGUGGCUACAGAUCCACCCCCCACCACCACCUCCAGCUCGAUUCCGCGGGUGCUCGGCUCGGCCCCUCCACGACCCUCGGGCAGCGGCGGCGGGAUCGACGACGACUUCUGUCUGUGCAUCCUACUCGAUGGCGGCGCGCAGGAGUGCGUGCUCGCCCCCGACGGCAAGCCGCUGGCGAUUUUCAGGCAGCUCGGCCACACGCCCAAUUUUAGGAUUCGCAGGAAGGAGAGCGCCGCUACGUUGGAUCUUUUCGUUCUUGAGCCGGGGGCGAGGCCUUGA